AUGUGCCGUGACAAAUUCGUUUUUGGCUUGCACGAUGGCACAAUGAGAGCUGAGUUACUAAAAACGCAUUUAAAGUCGGACGGAAUGCCCAAGAACAUGCAAGAUGUCGUUGCCGACGCCAAGGCCCCUCGAGUCAGCCCAAAAAGCCAACAAACUCAUAACAGACGCCACAAAAGGAAUCGAGGAACAAGUUAAUUGGAUAAGCCACAAACAAAUGAAACUAAAGCGGGAGCCUGGAACCUGCUUUUGGUGUGGAGACCGACGCGGACCUCACCCCUGGAAAACAUGCCCUGCAAAUGGCAAAACCUGCACUAAG